CUCUGAGACCUUUCAAGAGGGCCGCCGAACCCGAAAUGUACGUGACGAGGCCGCUGUCGUGGUACCAGGCCGACGCCUCCGCCGCGGCGGAGGUGCCGCCCGAAGGCCCGGGCUCAGGGUUCCUGGUGGUGGUGGAUGAGACGGGGGAGACAGCCAGGACACACUUCUGGGGCCUGUGCGUGGACAGGGAGAUGCGCGGCCUCCCCUUCCCGCAGAACCGCCAGCUCGCGCUGCGGCCCAGCAGCGGUUCUGACCCUAUAGAGUCAGUUGCAACGGCUGUUGAUGUUGUCGGGGCGAUAGCAGACUUCGCGACCAGCUCCAUGCCCGGUAGGGCGCCCGGGCUCAGUAAGGGCCCCAAGAUGCCCGACUAUACCAUGUUGGUGCCGGUCGUCGGCCAGCCGCUGUCCUCUGGCCGCUACUACGUCGUCCGGGCCGACGGCAAACACAGAGGGAAGGUGUCGGCGUGUUCCAAGGAGGAGGACAAGACAGACCUGCGGUGGUUGGGCUCCUACGUCAAUGACGUGAAGCCACGGGCCUUCGACCGCAGCGACCUCUACCAGCAGGUGGAGGUGCAGCAGCUUCCGUCCAAUGCCUUCAAGGCAGUGGCGGUCGCCGCCGACGGCAUCCCGCCGCACUUCCUGAGUCUUUCACUGAGGAAGAAGGGCUGGAAGGUGAACACCAUGGUGUCCCCCAAGUACCAACUCACCGACGACGCGCAAGGGGUGGACUCCACCCUCUGCUGCCGGAUGCCAGACCUCGGCAGCCUCAGCAUCGCGGAGAGGAGCUCGCCUGCCGUCGUCGUCGGCAGAUGGUACGUCUCGUUCAUCUUCGUCAAGGCUGACGGGGGGCGCAGCCUCAAGGACCAGUUUCGCCGGUGCACGUUCUAUGAGAUGACGAUGGAGCAGAGCUGGGAGCAGAUAUACAGCCACGAUAAUCCAGGGAGCAAGCCGGCGGAGGUCGUGGUGACCGCGACGGUGCGCCGGUCGACGGCUCUGCUGGAUGGCGCCAGCGUGGUGCCUCAGGAGGUAGGCGGGGUGGUGUGGUUCGGAUCGGCGGUGUGCCUGGACAUGGUGGUGUGGGAGAGGAUGAAGUGGGAACUGGAGAGGGGAGGGUGGGUGGCGCCCGGGCCCGGCAAUGGCAACGAGGAGAGGGUAGAGAGGGUGGACAGGCGUGACCGCCUGGGGCAGUGGCACAGGUUUGCAUGCUAUGUGCUGGUGGAGAGGUUUGUGCUCAAGAGGAUGGAUGGCAGCCUCGCACUCACCUGUGUGUUCAGGCACACGGACAAGAUCAAAACCAAGUGGUUGUGA